AAUGGAUUCACCAAAGGAAUAAUAAAAUAAUGAGCAUGUGACCUAAUAAGCUUAAACUCAUCUUAUCUAAUUAGAUGUAGAAGAAUAAAUUACUGCUCCUAUUAAAAGACCAGCACCAAAAACUUUUGGGGAUCUAACAAUCAUAUUUAUUUUUGAAACUAUUGGAACAGGAUUAUUUGCAUAUGGAAUAGUGGCAUCAAAUGGAUCAGAUGUUUUGAUUUCAGCUUAUUUAUAUGCUGCCAUAUUUUUGACUUGUAAAUUCACAGGAGGACAUGUUAAUCCAGCAGUGUCUUUCAGUUUUUACUGUGAUGAUACAAUUAGUUCAUGGACAUUAAGAAUAUAUUGGACUGCAUAAUUAUUAGGAGCUGUAGGAGGUGCUUGGAUAGCUUAUCUAAUUUUAGGUGUAGUAACAUCUCCAAGCAUAAAGAGUACAAAUAUAGAAUGGAUGUUAGCAGAUUUAUGUGGAGAAGUAUGAUUAAUUUUUAAUAAUCUUAAAAGGCUUUAGGGACAUUUAUGUUUGUUCUAUUUAUUCAUAUAUAAGUUCAUGAAUAGACAAGAUAAACGAAUAAUGACAUUGCAGGAAUAGCUUGGAUUGCCUUGGCCCUCUUUUUCUCUAGAUAAUUGUCUUCCCAUACUGGAGGUAAAUUGUGAAUACAAUUGUAAGGUUGUCUUAAUCCAGCUAUGGGGGUUGGAUUAGAAUUAUUUGAAGCAUUUUGGUUGAAUGAUACAACAAAGCUAGCUAACUUUUGGGUAUUUUUGUUUGCUCCUUUAUUUGGGGCAUAUAUGGCAUCGACCUUUUACAACUCGAUUUAUAUAUCCUUAAUAAAGAAAUGAG